UUAAAGAAAGGAAUCCAUGAAUUCAAAUGGAAACCAACAGGAACCGAGGCUGAAAAAAUGAUCGAAAUAAUCGCUAAAAUAUAGGCCGAUGGCACAAUUCGAGAGGUUUUCACGGGACGCGUUCCGUUUUUAGACUGAAUUUUGCGAUGGAGGAGUAAGACAGGACGUUUUUAUUUUUUUAAGCAGAGACCGUUUUAGGGCUAAGGGGGAGGGGGAGAGUUGCUUCUUUGCUCUCCUUUUCUUUUUGUUUUAUGAACAUUUUCCGCCUCCUUGAAUGAGUUUGGACUGUAUGCUUUUGAGAUGUCUACCUAAAAGACCACACAAGUCUCUUUUAUCCGCUUUUAGCUCCGGCUGGGGGGGUGGGGGGGGGGGGGACUGCAAUCGGGAAGGUUGUUGAAUUAACUCUCCUCCAGCCAAAUGUUAGCUACAAAAAAUAUCUCGCUCAUUUAAGCCUGCACAUCUCAGAAAAAACACAACUCCGCAAAAAUUGUUUUUAUUUCCCGGGAAGUGAAAUGAUGGAGAGUUGGACCUCGCAGUGAAGAAGGAUGAGUUCUUGUUUUGUACCAAACGGGGCCAGUUUGGAGGAUUGCCACUCCAAUCUAUUCUGUCUGGCUGACUUGACAGGGAUCAAAUGGAAGAGGUUUGUGUGGCAGGGUCCCACCUCAGCACCCAUCCUCUUCCCGGUGACAGAGGAGGACCCCAUCCUAUGCAGCUUCAGCCGCUGCCUGAAGGCCGACAUACUAAGCGUAUGGCGGCGCAGUCAGCGGCAGGGCCGGAGGGAACUGUGGCUCUUCUGGUGGGGGGACGACCCCAACUUCGCCGAUCUCAUCCACCAUGAGCUUGCAGCUGAGGACGACGGGCUCUGGGAGAAUGGCCUUUCCUAUGAGUGUCGGACGCUGCUGUUCAAAGCCAUCCACAACUUGCUGGAGCGCUGCCUCAUGAAUCGCAGCUUUGUUCGCAUCGGCAAGUGGUUCGUCAAACCCUACGAGAAGGAUGAGAAGCCAAUCAACAAGAGUGAGCACCUAUCCUGCGCCUUCACCUUCUUCUUACACGGCGAGAGCAACGUGUGCACCAGCGUGGAGAUCAACCAGCACCAGCCCGUCUACCAUCUGACGGAGGAGCACCUCACUCUGGCUCAGCAGGCGUCCAGCCCCUUCCAAGGCUCAGCAGACCUGCACCAGAUGUUUCCCACACCCCCCUCACUGGAGCAGCACAUCAUGGGCUACUCACCCAUGAACAUGUGCAACAAGGACUACGGCAGCAUGGAGGCCAACCAAGGCAUGACCACGCUGGAUGGCACAUCAUCUCUGGGAGGCCACUUCAAGAUUGAAGUGGAGGAGAGCUUCUGUAGCCCCAAGCCAUCUGAGAUCAAGGACUAUUCAUUCGUGUACAGGCCAGAGAUGUACCAAGCAUUCGUAGGCUGCUCCAUGUUUGCUCCCUUGAAGACAUUGCCCAGCCAGUGUCUCCAACCUAUUAAAGUACCAGAAGAGUGCAUCUACCGACAAAGCUGGACCAUGGGCCGGGAGAUGCUCAACCCUGUGCCUGUCAUGUCCUUCCUUAACAAGGACAGUAACAUCCCCAGCGUGGGCAGCACCAUGGACCAGGACUACAGCCAGAGCUACACCCCUCAGACCCACACACCCGUCAUGUCAAACAGCGCUCCACCAAGCAACAGUGGCGCUGGCAUCCUGCCUUCUCCUGCCACCCCACGUUUCUCCGCCCCCACCCCACGAACGCCACGCACCCCACGCACACCUCGAGGCCCCUCCAGCGUCCAGGGCUCGCUCAAGUACGAGAACUCCGACCUGUACUCGCCAGCGUCUACCCCCUCCACCUGCCGACCGCUGAACUCAGUGGAGCCGGCCACCGUACCCUCCAUCCCCGAGGCCCACAGCCUCUACGUCACCCUCAUCCUCUCCGAGUCGGUCAUGAACCUCUUCAAGGACUGCAACUUCGACAGCUGCUGCAUCUGCGUGUGUAACAUGAACAUCAAAGGAGCCGACGUAGGUGUGUACCUAAGCGACCCUAUCAGCGAGGCCCAGGAGGCCUGCAGCUGCGGCUUCAGCGCCGUGGUCAACCGGCGCUACGGCAACGGCUCAGGCCUCUUCCUGGAGGAUGAGCUGGAUAUCAUCGGCCGCGGCUCAGACGUCAGCCGCGAGGCGGAAAAGCGCUUCGAGGAGCUGCGGCUCUCUUCGCUGGAGAGAAGCGGAGUCGGCAGGGGCGACCGUGUCCCAGACGAGCUGAUCCUCCUCAUGCAGGACCAGUGCACCAACCCCUUUUCACCCAUUUCAAUACCGGAGCACGACAUAGUGUCACGGGGGCCAUGCGGGGUCCCUGUGCCACCAUGUGUGAGGGUGGAGGAGAGGGACUACCACAGCGACUGCUACAUGGCCCUGGAGCACGGCAGGCAGUUCAUGGACAACAUGUCAGGUGGCAAGGUGGACGAGGCGCUGGUCAAGAGCACCUGCCUGCACCACUGGUCCAAACAAAGUGCAGUGGACAUGAGCGCGCUGUGCUCUCAGGAUGUUCUGCGGGUGCUGAUGUCACUCCAGCCCGUACUCCAGGACGCCAUCCAGAAGAAAAGGACGAUUCGGUCGUGGGGCGUUCAGGGUCCCCUCACCUGGCAGCAGUUCCACAAGAUGGCUGGACGGGGCUCAUAUGGCACAGAUGAGUCUCCAGAGCCCCUGCCCAUCCCCACCUUCCUGGUGGGUUAUGAGUAUGACUUUGUGGUGCUGUCUCCGUUCGGUCUGCCCUAUUGGGAGAAACUGUUGCUGGAUCCCUUCGGCUCCCAGCGGGACAUCGGGUACUUGGUGGUUUGUCCUGACAACGAGGCCCUGCUCAGUGGCGCCAAGAGCUUCUUCCGAGACCUCACAGCUGUCUACGAGUCAUGUCGACUGGGCCAACACCGGCCCAUUUCCAAAGGCUACCCUGAUGGCAUAGUCCUCGUCGGCGGCAACGGAGCCAAGAACCUUGUGGAUCAGCCAGUCAGUGACUGGUUCCUCAAGGCUGCCAGCAACAACAGCGACGCCUUCACUAAGCUCAAACUCUAUGCACAAGUGUGCCGCCACAACCUCGCUCCAUACCUCGCAUCACAGUCAUUGGACAGUUCCCUACUGACACAGCCCAGUACCCCGCCCUCGUCCAACCAGUCCUCAUCCACACAACUUUCUAGCUCCACCUCCAGCUCGGUCGGCCAGCAAGGCUCAGUGAACCCCGCAGGCUCCUCCGUUCCAAACAACAACAGCAGCAACAGCAACAGUGGGUCCGGAAAUGGCUCUGUGCCAUCCAACAGCCUGGUGACAUCAUCAGGCCAGCUCGGCAGCGGGAUGCCGCCUGCCAAACCCAGCUCUUUCCCCCCCUUUGGGAGCAUGGGCAGCCAGGGCCAGGGAGGUGGCCCCCAGAGUGGACAGCUGGGACAGCAGGCUGGUACCCAGAAUACUGGCACCUCAGGGGACAACUCCAGCAGCCAGGCCCAGGGCCCCACAGAGCCUCCUGAAAGCACUUUGGAAAGAGAAAAGGUGGGUGUGCCUACAGAUGGGGAGUCCCAUGCCAUUGCGUAUCCACCCGCCAUCGUUGUUUACAUUGUGGACCCCUUUAGUUACGAGGAGGCCGAUGGUGGCCCGGGACCGAUACCGGCCCAUUCCAGUAUGUGGACGCUGGGUUUGCUACGCUGCUAUCUGGAGAUGCUUCAGUUCUUGCCCCCACACAUCCGCAACUCUAUUUCUGUACAGAUCGUCCCCUGCCAAUACCUGCUUCAGCCUGUACGAGGUGAAGACCGCCAUAUCUACGCCCAGCACCUCAAGUCUUUAGCCUUCUCUGUCUUCGCUCAGUGCAGACGGCCGCUGCCCACCUCCACCAAUGUCAAGUCACUGACGGGCUUCGGCCCGGGUUUGGCCAUCGACACGGCACUGAAGAGCCCAGAGAGGCCGGAGUGUCUGCGUCUGUAUACACCUCCAUUCAUCCUGGCACCGGUAAAGGACAAGCAGACGGAGCUUGGGGAGACAUUCGGUGAGGCGUCGCAGAAAUACAACGUGCUGUUUGUGGGGUACUGUCUGUCCCACGACCAGCGUUGGAUCCUUGCUACGUGCACUGACCUGUAUGGGGAACUGCUGGAGACCUGCAUCAUUAACAUAGAUGUUCCCAACAGAGCGCGGAGGAAAAAGGGUUCGGUUCGGCGGCUUGGCUUGCAGAAGCUGUGGGAUUGGUGCUUAGGACUGGUGCAGAUGACAUCCGUACCCUGGAGGGUGGUGAUUGGCCGACUGGGCAGGAUAGGACACGGAGAGUUAAAAGACUGGAGUAUUCUGCUGAGCAGGAGAAACCUCCAGUCAUUGAGUCGCCGCCUGAAGGAAAUGUGCCGAAUGUGUGGCAUCUCCGCCUCAGACACUCCCAGCAUCCUGAGUGUCUGCCUGGUCGCCAUGGAGCCCCAGGGAUCUUUCAUCAUCAUGCCAGACUCGGUGUCGACGGGCUCCGUGUUCGGCCGCAGCACCACCCUGAACAUGCAGACGUCCCAGCUGAGCACCCCGCAGGAUACAUCCUGCACCCACAUCCUGGUCUUCCCCACAUCCGCCUUCGUCCAAGUGGCCAGCUCCAAUUACACCAACAUCGACCCCAACAUUGACAUUCUCAACGCCACCACUGAUGGGUCUGAUGCUAUCGGGAUUUUUGACCUGCUGGACCAGGAGAACGAGCUGGUGGACCCAGACAUCAUCAACAUCUCACCCACCACCUCACCAGUACACUCCCCUGGCUCUCAUUACCACCACGGAGGUGAUGGAAGCAAGGGUCAGAGUACAGAUCGUAUGGAGUCUCAUGAAGAGGUUCCUAACCUCCUGCAGCAGCCCCUCGCCCUCGGCUACUUUGUGUCCACAGCCAAAGCCGGUCCCUUACCCGACUGGUUCUGGUCAGCCUGUCCGCAGGCUCAGAACCAGUGUCCACUCUUCCUCAAGGCCUCUUUGCACCUCCAUGUGUCUUCAGUGCAAUCAGAUGAACUACUGCACAGCAAACACUCCCACCCCCUCGACUCCAAUCAGACCUCAGAUGUACUCAGAUUUGUGCUGGAGCAGUACAACGCCCUCUCCUGGCUGACGUGUGACCCGGCUACACAGGACCGACGAUCAUGUCUACCUAUUCACUUCGUGGUGCUCAACCAGAUGUACAACUUCAUCAUGAACAUGUUGUAACCAAGAGCCCGUCACAGGAGGGGUACAGGGGAAACAUUUCAGAGAAACGGAAAAGCGACAACUCCAAAGGGGGUUUCAUCAAGACUGAAGCAAACUGCGAGAACCAGACCAGAGUACGGAGCUGGAUCCCGCACACAAAGAUGGGAUGAGAUGGCUGUUAACAUCUGUGACGGUCCUGUCCCCACCCCACCCCCACGGCUGUCCAUGGUUGAGACAGCCCUGUCCCUGUGAUUUUAAAGACAUGCACAUAGAGACAAGGGAAUAAAGAAGAAGGGGAAACCUGAAGUUCAGUCGCAAUUAAUGAACGUGAGAGAAUGACAGAUUGGUUGUCAUGGUACAUAAUGUAGCAUGGCAGCACAGUCACUGGCCAGUCUGUAUUUGGAGUGACAAGUCUAUCUGUAAAGUUAUUGGAAGAAAAGGGACAUAUUUGAUCAUGGAAAAAAAACCCAAGAAUAGAUCUUUGGUUUUAAGAUCUGAAAUUCCUUUAUAUUCCUUUGGAUGAAAUAGUAUCCAAAUGAAAUGCCUGCAUCUAUCUUAUUUAUUGUAAGUUUUUAAAUGUAUAAUUUGUCUUAUUUCUUAACCUCUUUUAUAUAUAAAAAAUGGAGAAGGUUUAUAUCACCUUCCUGCUUUAAAGCAAUUGGUCUAAGAUAUAUGUAAUCGUCUUAAUUAAAAAAACAACCAGGAAAAAAAUCCCAUAAAAAUUAAAUAAAGUCCCAGUAGGUUGCUUUUAGAGUAUUAUUUUUUGUAAUGGAGACAGAAUAUUUGUAUUGUCACAAUGUACAGAAGAAUUAGAGUGGAGAAUUAUGUUUCAUGCCUUUGAGCAUGAAGGACUUACAGCAAAGCUGUAGCUACAGAGGACUUGUACAGCAAUGAACUUCACUGUGUUCAAAUAAAGAGGUACAUUGUUGUAUAUAGUAUUUUAUACCACACAUUUAGACACAAAAACCAAACGGCAAUAUAUAUAAAUAAUUAUAUAUGAAUGCCAUGCCAGCAGUUGGUGGUGUGGCUUCUGUUUUAGGAAUAAAGUGCGUCAACUUA